AUAUCAUUAUAUGGGGUUGUUCGAGUCGGAUGUCGUGUUCGAUUGGUGCCAGAGCGCAGCUUUAUCGAAAUACCUUCUGCAAAUCGGAUGUCUUCUAAGCAAAGUUUGAGUCUUAACAUAACGCAGUAUUUCUUGACCUGAAACUUAAUCAACAAACUAACGACCAUAAAGUGGAGGGUGAAGACAAAGAAAUAGGCACAUUAGCAGGAUAAUUCCUAUCAACAUAGCAGGGGUAUAAUUGAAGUACUGCUAUACGGUACAUUGUAAUGGCUUCUCGGAAAAGGUCUGGAUCUGGUACGAAACGGCCCAAGGAAAAAGUGGUCCAUAUUUACGAACAAUUAUGCCGCGGCGAAGAUCUAAAACUGCUAAGCAUACAGUUUUGGGAAGAAUUUUUCUUACUGCAGCCAAACAUGGACAUGUUGGAAUGUGAAUUGCUUAAACUGAACCCUGAGCAAUACUCUUCUGCGAAACAAAAUAUACUAAAUUUGUUCACGGAAUGUAUUAACACCCUGUCAUUCGGAAAUUCCAAGCGUGUGCAUAAUGCGUUACAGACGAUAGCUGUGUUCAUACAUUUUCUAUUUCGCAAACAAACUGGCACAGCAGGUAAUGCGAAUGAUUUUCACAAUGGCGCUACUAUGUCCUUAAAUAACACACUAGUUUCAUUUUUUACUAUAAACGAUAUCGAAGAUGAUAUGCGGGAAUUGCUGAAACAGCUUUACAAUAUAUUAACAAGCAAUAUUUUUACUGAUCGCCCCAAAGUUCUAUGUUUGAAGAUUUUGUUAAUAAUUGCGACGGGAAUCGAUAAUGUCAAUGAAAACAAUCUGAUAGAAUUCAUAAUCGGACAAAAUUUAUUUGAGGCAUUUAAACACAUCUUAAGCGAUUCCAGUUUGAGAAACCUGCAUGGACACGAUGUUGUAACGCUGCUCACAAUUUUAGUAAAUUAUAGAAAACACGAAGGUAGUAAUCCAUAUGUCGUUGAACUUUCACUACUUGCGGAUGAGUUGGCUCUGAAUGGCUACGGACAAGUUAUAUCAUGUGUGCUAACUAUGUUCUGCAAGCAACAUCUUUUAAGUCUUACAGAGCUAACUACGUCCUCGUCAUGGUUUUCAUCAUUGUCAAACAUAGUUGGAAAUAUGUUUAUAUCGGACGAAUUAUGCUAUCGAAGCCAGCAGAUUCGGACUAACAACGCUCUGCUUUUGGCUCUGUAUGAAGCAAUACAUUUAAACCGAAAUUUCAUAACCACACUAGCGCAUACACAAGCAGAUUCUACUCCUCCUUCACCGUGCAAUACGUUGAAUAUAAAUGAUGGAUCGCCUGACUUAUCUGCGGCUGCCAUUCUAGAUGCCUCACAUUAUUCCACUAAUUUGUUUGUGGCCCUAUUUCAAUACUGCUCAAUCGUGAUGCAGGAUCACAAAAGUGAAUUAAGUUCCAUUAAUUUGAAACUUUGUUUGUUGAUUUUGACAUGCAUUGCUGAAGAUCAAUAUGCGAACUCUAUGAUGCAUGACACCAACCUUACGUUCAAAGUUUCAUUGCAUCGAGCUCAUAUGAGACAUAGGAAAUUGACAUCAGAAAAGGUUUCUAAACCCCAACCGCUGGCAAACACAUUAUUAGAUCUUUUAGUGGAGUUCAUCGUUUCACAUUUGCUGAAAAAGUUUCCUAUAGAGCUUUAUCUUUUAUGCGUUGGAAUAAUACAUCGCGUAAUUAUCUACCAAAAACGAUGCCGAGUACGAAUAGCAUAUCACUGGAAGGAUUUAUGGACGGCAAUAAUAAGUUUAUUAAAAUUUCUCAUCUAUCACGAACAAAACCUCAUGAAGAGAUGUAACAUAUUUGAUUUAGCAUUACAGGUGAUUAAUAUUUUUAAUCUUUUUAUAACUUAUGGGGACACGUUUCUUGCAACAACCAACAGCUAUGAUGAGCUUUAUUACGAAUUAAACCGCGAGGAAAAAGUGUUCUGUGAAUUACAUGCCAUGGUUCUACGAUAUGCUUCCAUGCAAGACUGCGAAUACAAAGAAGAUUCAAUUCGUUUGUUAAAUGCACUUUCCAACAUACUUGCAAUAAUCAAACAUUUUCAGAUGAAAAUCAAAGAAUGGCUUGCCAGUCAAAGCUUAUCAACACCUACUGAGCAGCAGAUACUAGAGCAAAUUCAAAAAAACUAUGAUCUGACACUGAAACUACAAGAUAGUCUUGACCAAUACGAAAGGUACAGCGAACGACCAAAGCAUGUGCUGUUCUUUGCCAAUCUAGUGAAGGAAGUCAUGGCGGAUACUAGAAAAACAGUUUACUAUUUAGUAAAAGAAAGUAGCAAAGGAACUGUUGUAGAAUGUUUGCCUGGCGCUGUGACUGUACCAAGUACUGCAGGGGAUACAGAAGUUGGAAUGAUGCAUACCUCCAGUUGAAAAUUAUAUGCGACUGAUUUACAAUGCUUAGUGUUAAAUAGUUCCAAACAUUUUACCUUACUUUAUAGAAGUAUGUACGUAAAACAUCUCGUUUUUCUAUUGAUGGCAAUUAAUAGGGAGGUAGGCAGAAUAUUGCGGUACAGCCAUGGACUUUUGGGUCAUGAUCAAGGACUCGCUUUGCGAGCAUCCACACGACGCCCACGGGCUUGCCCAUGCCCGAAUGCAGAGCCGAUAGCAUACGAUUAUAUCUUCACCAUUAACGUAAGAGUGAUAGGCUUAUACAGUAGGUGACCGCUAACUGAGAGUUAGACAAGCUACAGUUAACGAACAACAUUCGCUAACUGGAGGAACGUUUAUAUGGAUUGAUGUUUUUCAUUGGCGUUAAAUCGAAUAAACAUCUCAUACUUUUUUUCAUUUUAAUUGAUAUAAGUAUAUCAAUUCGUGUGAUGGCAUAAAUUAGUAGCAAACGUAGGCAAAAGACCCUAAAUUUGUGUGAAAAAUGCACAUUUGCGAAUUUCUCUUCGUGAGAUUCCGGAUGUUUCAUGUUUUGACGUUUUUUGUUUUUUUUACUGAUAAUCACUCUAGUUUAAGGAAUAUGUAUUUAGAAGGUUGAUUUUUAUCGCUUUUGCUUUUGCAUUCAUCACCCCUUACCAGCCCUCCCAGGUUUUUAUACCGGAGCCCACGGAACAUUUAAGUCAAGUCGAAACAUGUCAUUUUGCUUUGAACAACUUCACCUUGUCAUUUUAAAACACCUUGCUCCAGUUAGCGAACCUCCAAUUAAAAAGCCCUCCAGUUAAAAAACAUCCCGUUAGCGGUCUCCUACUGUACAACGAACGCACCCGGAAGGUAUGCAUGCAUCAUUCAUCAAGAUCUAAAGGCAAGGGCAAGGUAAAAGAGACACAUACAAGUUUCCUCACGGCUACACAUGUCCUCUAGACCAGCGGUAGGCAAACUUUUGAGGUAAGGGCCAACUUAAGUAAAUGAUCGAGUGCAGCGGGCCAGGUGAAUGCGAUUUAUUUAGUAA